UCGGAAGACCGAAUCGCGGUGGGUGUGAAGAGAGAAAAUCACCCACAGAGCCCACACCCACUGCGUUUGUUUUUUCAGAAAGAGGAAGAAAUUCAGUCGCCUUCUUCUCUGUAAUGCGAUCUUCACAGCCCAAAGAGUGAGAGAGAGAAAAACUGUACGGAUUCUGAGCUGAAGAUUCUCACUCUCCAACUGCCUUUUCUGUGGUGGGUUUUCCUCAGCAGAGGGGACAUGCCGGAGAACAUCCCAACACCAUCCUUCUUUGUUGCUUAACUUCUUGGCAAAACACUUUUAAGACUUCUUGUGCUUAUUUGUUGCAACUACUGGCUAGUCGGGUUCGUGACAUCUUUGUUAUGGUUAUAUGUAUAAAUGAUGCGAUGCCAGAUCAACAAUGAAGAAUGAAUAAAUAGAUGAAGAAUUUAUAGACUUGUUGAUGAACACGAUGGCCAUUCCACUUGAGAACUUUUCUCAGAAAAAUCUUGAUCAGGACUCCAUCCAUUCAGUAUUUCCAUUUUCUGUUGAUUGUACACCGUGGCGAAACCCAAACGAAAAGAAGAUUACAAUGGCCUUGUCUGAUAAUAUAACUCUAAAACUUGAAACUCCCCCACAGCCUCAUCACAAGCUAUUAGGGGUAGGCCUUCAGUUACCAGAUCAGGAGUCAUCCACUGCCCAUUCAAUUGGUCAAUCUCUACCUAAAGUGUGUGCUAUGGAAGUGCAAAAUGCUCAAGAGCAAUGUAUUUCUUCAGAAUCUGGUCAAGAUGAAAACUGUGGCGAGAGUGUGGAGAAUCAGAUGAAACCAUCUAUUUUGUUUAGCAACCCUGAAUUUAUGCUCAAUUCUCUCCAAGUUGAUGGCAGCCAUCCAAUGACUCGAGUAUCAUACCCAUACAUUGAUCCUUACUAUAGCGGGCUAUUGUGCAGUGCCUACAGUCAGCAGGCUAUUAAUACUCAGGCUCAGGUAAAUUCCAGUGCGGUUGGAAUUGCACCUGCAAGAGUCCCCAUAUCGCAUGGUCUUGCUGAAGAUGGGCCCAUCUAUGUCAAUGCAAAACAAUACCAUGGAAUUCUUAGGAGGAGGCAAUCUCGUGCAAAGCUUGAGGCUCAAAACAAAGUCAUAAGAAAUCGAAAGCCAUAUCUUCACGAGUCUCGACAUCUUCAUGCACUGAACAGAGUGAGGGGAUCUGGUGGACGCUUUCUCAGUGUGAAAAAGAACCAACCAUCCGAUCAUAUAACUCCUCCAGCCACAUUGUACCAACAGAAAAGUACACCAGACUUCAAUACUUGUAGUCCUGAAACAGGUGACCGUGGCACCAUGACUGCAACUUGCUCUGAGAUCACAAGCAUCUCAAAUGGAUCGGUUAUGUUUGGGCGGUCUGACAGUCAGUUCUCCACCGUCUCUUCCAAUGCGGGUGGAAGAAUGGAGCAGUAUCGUGGACGCUUUGUGCAUGGGUGAACAUAGGACCAUGCAUCGGUUGUCUAGUGAGAAAAAUGGGGAGGUGGAGGAAGACCAGACCAGAGUCGCACGUUAGUUUAACUAGACAGGCAAAUCAUCCUUGGCUUUGUUACUUAUUUAUGCUUUGUGAUUUUAGUUUGGAGUGGGCAGAAAGACAGCCAUUAAUGUACUUGAAAAUAUUGGCAUGAUGCCCUUCAAUAAUUUGCUUGUGUUUAAAACAAACCAUAUUUUAGAAGCAGAUGUAAUGGAUUUAGAGGUUUGGGCUGCAUGGAUUUGUUUGAAACAGCUAAAA